GCAUGCAGUGUUAAGUUAUAAUAUACUCCCAGCACCAAGAAAAGCGGCUGCCGGCAGUUCCCCUCGAUCCUCGCACGAUGCAAAUCACGAGUUCCUACAUUAUUAUAAAUUAUUAAUCACCUACUCCUCGUUACACAGGGAAGCAAAAUGACUUCAGUGGAGAAGGAUUUAUCUGCACAGUUUCAGACAGCAGAUGGGCGACACUUGUCAAGCUCCUCAAUUUCCAGCAGAAACUCGCUUCAACAACACAAACCUUGUGGACGACGGUACUACUCACAUGGCUAUGGAACAGAGAAAGAUUACAGGCCACAUGUGCAGCAUAUAGAGCCUCGGUAUACACAUUCUGACCUCGACUGGACGUCAAGGCUGCGCUGGUUGCCUGAACCAGUUUAUGGUGAUGCCCCAUUUCCCGACAUUAAAUUGAUUAAAUUUCCUAGUGAAACCAGAUUGCUCAGACCAUUUCCACAAGCUAAUGCUAAGUCGGAAUCAGAAUGGACCUCUUACCCUAACUUUGGUCUGCCAUUCACUUACCAUUUUGGUAAAAGAUGUAAAAUUGAUGGAGCCAGUCCUAAAAAUGCCACCAGCACUUCAGAGCAAAUGUUAUCAAAAUUAUUGGGAAGGAAAAAGAAAGCACUUGAAUAUGACAGUGCAUCCUCAUUGUGUGGAAAGCCUUACCAUUCUCCGGAGUUCAGUGACAGUUUCCAUAAACUUGGAUCAACAUUGCCUUUGACAAAGUUUGGGCCCCCUCCAGAUGCUGAUACUUUCAUUCCUUUGUGUCCAUUGCCUGCAAUACCAUGCAAACCAUAUUCAGAAAAAGAGAAGAUUCGCCAACAAAAUGAAGAAGUUAAUGAUGUAAAGCUGCUUGAUAACUGGAGAGCUGCUACACCCAUAUUAAAUUCCAUCUUACUCAGUGAAGGUAGCAAAAAGUAAAUCAUUUCUAGUGGAUAACUAGCAUCAUAAGAUAUAUUUUUCAAUGGAAUGUUCGUGCCAAGUAAGAUGUUUCACAGUUUGAAAUACUAUACUG